AGAGCUCACUUCUCGCUCAACACAGCCAGGGCCGGAGGUGGGCGCCCAGCGCGGAGGCCUGUGGACCAAUGGCUCUGCCCUGUGUCCUAGGGCUCGGGAUGCUGCUGGCCCUGCCAGGGGCUCUGGGCUCAGGUGGUGCCAACCACGGCGUGGGCUCCAGCUCUGUCACUGUUGUCCUGCUGCUGCUGCUGCUCCUGCUACUGGCCACUGGCCUGGCUCUGGCCUGGUGCCGCCUCAGCCGAGACUCAGGGGGCUACUACCACCCAGUCCGCCUGGGGGCUGCGCUGUGGCAACGCACCUGCCGCCUGCUCUGGGCCAGCCCCCCAGGCCGCUGGCUGCAGACCCGGGCUGAGCAGGGGUCACCAGACAACGACCCAGAGCAGCAAGAGGAUGAGCAGGAGGCAGAAGACGACUACGUUACGGAUGGUGGCCUGUGGGUGGCCAAAGCCCGGGAGGGCGUGCAGCAGUGCGGAGAGGGGCCCAGCCCAGAGCGGACCCCGGAGCAGGCUGAGGACGCACACAACAGUGAUUCCGAAGGGGGCCUGGGCCUGGGCUCCCAGGGGCCAGCGGGCUCAGGGGGCAGUGCCGAGGCCCUGCUGAGUGACCUGCAUGCCUUUUCUGGCAGCGCAGCCUGGGACGACAGCACUGGGGCAGCUGGAGGCCAAGGCCUCCAUGUCACCGCACUAUAGGGCCAGCCUCGGUGUCCCAUCUUGCCAUGGCCACUCACUCACUGUGCCCCUGCUUCCCAUGCUGCCAUGGCUGGACACGGCCCCCAACCUCCACAUGGAGCCCCUCAGACUGUCACCCCCGCCGGUUCCCAAGUCUGUGCAUCUCCAUCCCCAUCCCCAUGGGCAUUGGGCAGCUAUUUGAAAUAAACGCCCCCAUCCCUG